ACAUUUUCAACAAAAAAUACUUGGGCCCAAACCCGGCCCAAAAAUAUAUAAAAAGGAACCGAAAACCCAUUUGAUUCAUAUAAAUUCUCUGUCGUCUUAACGCAGCUUCUCUGAUUUAGGGUUUGCGACUUCUUCUGCUAAAAUGGGUAAGGGAACAGGUAGUUUCGGUAAGAGAAGGAACAAGACCCACACACUUUGCGUCAGGUGUGGCCGUCGCAGUUUCCAUCUCCAGAAGAGUCGCUGCUCAGCAUGUGCUUACCCAGCUGCACGUGUGAGGAAAUAUAACUGGAGUGUUAAGGCUAUUAGGAGAAAGACUACCGGGACUGGUAGGAUGAGGUACUUGCGUAACGUGCCUCGCAGAUUCAAGAGUGGAUUCAGAGAAGGUACUGAAGCUGCACCCAGGAAGAAGGGAGCUGCUGCUUCUGCCUAAGCCUUUAAUUAUAGUAGUGGAGCUAUUUUUGUGUUUGAUCAUUGAUCUUUGGAAACAUUACUCUACUUUUAGUUUUCAUUUCCCUCUUUUAAUAUGUAACUGCAUUAUGUUUCAAAAUGAGGAUUGUAUGACAUUUUGUUUUUCAAUGAUAAUUUUUGAAUGGAUAUUUCUCGCAAA